AUGGUGGCAUGGUCGGUAGAAUUGUUCGAGUUUGACAUUGAUUUCGAACCUAGGGGAGCGAUAAAAGCACAAGUUCUGGCAGAUUUCCUCGUAGAAAUGACUGCAGAAAAGGGAAACAUGGAAGCGACUAAAUGGGUAUUGUCGGUUGAUGGUUCAUCCAACCUUAAAGGAAGCGGGGCGGGAGUGAUGUUGGAAGGACCAGAUGGAGUGUUAAUAGAGCAGUCUUUGAGGUUUGAGUUCAAAGCAAGCAAGAACCAAGCUGAGUAUGAAGCUUUGUUGGCCGGAAUGCGUUUAGCUCUCGAAGUAGGAGUUAAGGAGCUGGAGGCAAAGAGUGACUCCCAGCUAGUCUUUGGGCAGGUCACAGGAAACUUCCAAACAAAAGACCCUCAACUGUUGAUGUAUCUCGAGAGAGUCAUGCACUUAACUCAAAAGUUCGUAAGUUUCAAAUUAUCACAUGUGCCUAGAGAGCAGAACGGUAGGACAGACUUGUUGGCUAAGUUGGCCAGCACUAAGCGACCAGGAAAUAACAGAUCAGUAAUUCAGGAGACUUUGAAACAACCAAGUAUUGAGCAUGGGGAAUCGCUUUUCCUUACAGAAGAUUUCGAGUCAUGGAUGGGAGAUAUCAUUCGUUAUCUAAAGGAUGAUAUGCUUCCAAGGGAGGUGGAACAGGCAUCUAAAGUAAAGAAGAGGGCGGUUAAGUUUGUUGUUAUUGCAGAUCAACUCUUCAAAAGGGGUUUCUCUAGCCCACUCUUGAAGUGCUUAGCUCCCCAGCAGCCCGAGUAUGUAAUAGCUGAGGUCCAUGAAGGAGUAUGUGGAACUCACAUUGGGGGAAUGGCCUUAGCAGCAAAAGUACUUAGAGCAGGAUAUUACUGGCCGACCAUGAAAGAAGAUUGCUCCAAUGGACUACUUCACGAAGUGGUUGAGGUGGAGCCAGUGGCCACUAUUAUGGCAGAUAGGAUCAGGAAGUUUUAUUGGAAGAAGAUUAUUUGCAGGUUUGGUCUCCCCGCAGUUUUGGUUACUGACAAUGGAACUCAAUUCGCUAGCUCGUCUGUGGCAAAUUUUUGCAAGGAAUGGGGGAUACAACUUAAUUUUACCUCGGUCGAGCACCCACAGUCGAAUGGUCAAGCUGAGUCAGCAAACAAGGUAAUUUUGCAAGGUUUAAAGAAGAGAUUGGAGGCAGCUAAAGGACUAUGGGUGGAGGAGUUACCAAUGGUCAUGUGGUCAUAUCACACCACCCCACACUCAUCCACACAGGAAACUCCCUUUAGGAUGGUGUAUGGAUCAGAUGCUAUGAUUCCAAUUGAAGUCAUGGAGCCAAGCGCAAGAGUCCUUUUUGCGCAGGAAGAAGAAGAAGUUCGAGCACGAGCUCAGGUGAAGGAGGAAGCUUGUAAGAGAAGAGCAGCACAGAGGUAUGACACAAAGGUAAGAAGGAGAAGUCUUAAGCAAGGGGACUUAGUGCUGAGGAAAAGGCCUGGAGUAGAGCAACUAGGGAAGUUGCACGCACGCUGGGAAGGACCUCUUAGAGUGAAAGACGAGGUGGGAAAAGGAGCUUACCGUUUGGAGCGUUUGGAUGGCAAAAAGGUGCCUCGCACUUGGAAUGCAGCGAACCUUCGUUAUUACUUCAGCUAA